AUGGCGGACAAUAUGGAGCAGAAAAAGCAGCCAUUGCCGGAUAGUGUAAGUUUCAGUUCUAAUUUCUGUGUUUAAAAAAAGCAAUCCAGCCUCCGACUAGUGGAGAAUCGGGCAGUUCGACGUCAGCGAUCCCAUCGGCGCCGGAAGCUCCGCCCAUCACCCACGAGCAUCUGACCACGUCGCCAGUCCGUCCGCCAGCGCCAGCUGGCUUCGUCUACCCGUCCACCGACAUCCACAACUCGGCCGCCAUUCACGUGCCGAUUCCACCGAUGGCCUCCUCGAACGUCGUGCCGGCGGGACCACCGCCAGCGCACGCAUCGGCCGGACCGGCUCCCCAGAUGACCGCCUACGAUAUGCCGCCGCCGUCCUACCAGGCGGCAAUGAGCUACCCGGCAGCUCCGACGUACGGAGGAACCACCGAUCCGAAGUACUACAGUGGGCAGCCGCCCAUCUACUAUCAGCCGCCGCAGAUCAGUAAGAGAUCACUUUAGAGCAAAAUUAAACAUACUCUUUGCAGCACAGACACGCCUUCCGCAGCCGGACGGCGUGGAUCCGGUUGUUCGAACGGUGCGCAUCCAGAAUCCGCCGGGCAGCAACGUCAUCGUGCACGUGCAGCCGGGAGCGCCGUGCCGUCGUUGUGUAAGCUUCCGGAAGACGUAAAUUUGUAAAUUCCCUAAUUGCAGACAAUCGGAGUGAUCACUCGCCAGACAGACAUGUGCUGCCUGCUCUGCCUCAUCAUGCUCACCAUUUUCACGUUCCCCUUCGGCCUCAUCUUCCUCUGCUGCGUGCCGUGCACCGUCCAAAACCGAUGCACCAACUGCAACCGUCUCGCCUAA